GACAAAAGACUUACCGGGAGAAUCGAAAGUUAGUGAAACAGAAGAGAAGAGCCAUGGAGAUGCAAGAGGUUUCUGCGGAGAAUAAGAGUGACGAUGAAAAUGAGGCAGCAAAUAAGCUGAUGGUGGAGGUCCCAACUGAAGAGGAAGCAGAACCAGACCAUUACGCUAAACUGCAAAGUCCAUCUGAGGACAUCUAUACAGAAACUUCUUUUGCUGAUGCUCCAAUUAAAACAAAAACAGGCAAGCAGACCGAGGGAAAUGCACGGCUGUAUCGGGCCGGAUGCUUUUUCCUCAUAACAAUCUGCUCCAUCCUUCUGCUUGUCAUCAUUGUCCUCAGUAUGAAACUCAACACCGGAUCCACAGCCUGCUCCGGGAGAGGAGAAACUACAACAAAUGAUAAACAAAAUCCUUCAACAUGCAGCAUGGAGCAGUGCCAGGACUUCUUCCCAACCUUUUAUUCCAAACGUUUUGGAUGCCAGCAGUGUGCAAAUGGCUGGUUGACGUACGGCCGAUCUUGUUUUUUCCUGUCCACCUUCAGGCUGACGUGGGCUGAGAGUCAGAUGAACUGCAGCUCCAGAGGUGGAUCUCUGGCUGUUAUAACCAGCCAGAAUGUUCAGAACUUUUUGACAACAAAAGGGAAUUUGAGAUACUGGAUUGGGCUGACACAAAGAGAUGCCAAGUGGACCUGGGUCAACAACAAUGAGCUCCAAGAGAGUUACUGGGCAGAAGCUCCACAACAUGGGGACUGUGCUUAUCUCAGCAGUGAGCGUCCAUUUGCGAAGAACUGGGACAGAGCUUCCUGUCAAGCUGCCACCUACUUCAUCUGCCAGCUUCAGUACUGAUAGCAUCUUUGUUUUCUAGCAGCUCAUUGCUCUGCAACAAUCAUCAACAUCACAUUCUUGCAACUAGAUAAUAAGUUGAAUAUAUUAGUAAAUUGUAGCUCAGCAUAUUUUACUGCUAAAUUGUUCUUUUUCAUAUUACUAUAAAAAUAACACAUGCUUCUAUAGCAUAAUACUACAAGAAUAAUUGCACUUCUUACUAUACAGGAAAACUGAGAAAUAUGAUUCCUCUUUGUGCAAGUUCAUGAAAGGCAUCAACACUUUUCAUUUACUUCAUAUGGUCAGAAUUUUGAAGGCCUUAGAAAGUGGACUUUAGGAUCAGCCUGCAUUUCUUUCUAAACAUAUCUGAUACCCUGGUCCACCUCUGGCUCUUCCUGCUCCAUCUCCAAACCCAAAGCACUGUUACGAAUCAAUUCCCAACCAGCCUGUGCCUUUUUGUUAUUGUAUUGUCUUUUUCUAACCAGUGGGGUUUGCUUCAUUGUGUCUGACUUCUCCAGUCCAUCCCCUUCCUUCUCAUCCUUCAAGAAGAGUUUGACAUAACGUUCCAUCUUUUUCAUCAAGUGGUCAUUUCGGCUUUCAACCCUGCAAAAAAGAUGAGUAAACCAGAAGACAUGUCUCAAAGUACAAUCCCAAUUCCAAAAGCAUUUAGAUCCCGUGUUGAAUGUAUGUCCAAAACAGAAUUUAAUGAUUUGUAAAUCUCACAACUUUAUAUUUGGUUCACAAUACAACAUAGAAAACAUUGAAUGUUGAAAGUGAGAAUGUCACUAUUUUAUGAAAAAUGGUCACCUCAUUUUAUAUUAGAUGGUAACAGCACAUCUCAAAAAAACUGGAAUGGUAACAAAAAAAAGUUAUAAAAGUUCUGUGGUGCUAAGAUGGGGAAAGGUUCAGCAAUCUGUUAACAAAAGUGGAACAUUCAAAGUAAUGUUCUUAAAUGUAAAAUAAAUUGUGAAGACUAUGAAUCUCAAAAGAUUCAGAGAAUCUGGAAGCCUCUCUAUGCGCAAGGGGGAAAGCUAGAAAUCUGUAUAGAAGGCUUAUCAACACUUUAUCAUUGAGAUCAUUGACUGUGAACACAGUUCACUUUGCCAUCCAUAAGUGCAGGUUAAAGCUCAGUCAUGAAGAGAAGAGGCCAAAUGUAAACAUGAAUUAGAAAUGCUUUUAUAUUCUCUGAGCCAAAUCUAAUUUAAAACAUACCGAGGUAAACUACAAAACUGUUACAUGGUUAGCUGAAGAUAAGUUUGAACUUCUAUAAAGAAAAUCACAUCUUCUAGUUUGAAGAGCAGAGACAGCAUCCUGUCUGUUAUCAGCACUCAGUUCAAAAGCCUAAAUCUCUGAUUGUAAGGAGGUUUAGUAGUGCCUAUGGAACUGAUAACUUGCAUAUUUGCAUGAUUCAGAGAGGUAUAUACAGGUUUUAGUGCAAUAUGCUCCCGUCCAGAUGACAUUUUUAAUGCAAGGCUUUCAGCCAGACAUUGUUAUGAAUGCAUUAUGGAAGAGUUCAGAUGCUGUGGUGGCCUGCCGGAGUCCAGACCUUCCAUCAGCUGAGAACAUUUGGUGCACCGUGAAAAAAUAAAUAA